UAAAGAAAGUCAUACACCAUGAAUUUACAGAAUAGCCGUAAACCGAAAAUGGGCUCCCAAGGAAACAAUGGAUUACUGUUCCAAAUCACCAUCAAUAAACUGGCUAAGAUGAUGCUUUUUCUUCCAUUUUUUGGAGCAGCAUUUUGCAUUAUUUGGUCGAUUAUUUACGAUUUUGAAUCUUCAACCUCAACACAUUGCAGGUUUCGCAGCAAGGUCCAAAAUUACCUCCCUUCAAUAAGUUCAGCUAUAGGAGGCUACACACCUCAAAGAUAUGUAUGGAGAAUAUGUAUAGCACUUCACUGUAGUCCACGUUUCUUUAUAACAGCAGGAUACUACACAUUUAACUCACAAUUCCAUGUGGGAACAAAGAACAAUUUAUACAAAUUAUUAGCAGGAUUGUGUGCUAUUUUGAACAGUAUAGAAAUCUUAGCUUUAGUUGUGUUGACUAAUAUAUCUUCUACAGAAAAUUUUAAUGUUCAUGAGAAUUCUUUUAUAACUUUCAUGGUGACCUCAGAAUUUUAUAUGUUAUUUAGCUGUAUAGUAUUUAAAUGGGGACGUACCAGUAAUGGUAGACAGAUGACUCCAAAAGAAAAGAAAUCAUUUCAUUACAAAAUUGCAUUAUUCCUGUUCAACAUCAGUUGUUUCUUGACAGCAAUUUACCUUUACUUCCGACAUAAUAGUUACUGUGAAGCUGGCGUGUACAGUCAGUUCGCCUUCUUUGAAUAUCUGGUAGUGGUAUCUAACAUAGCAUAUCAUUGGACAAUGUGCUUAGAUUUUGACGACUAUGUUUUGGGAUUGCGCAAAUGCAUUGAAAGCAUGGAAUUAACUAUCAUCAAAACUGUGUAGCAUUUAGAACAUUUGCAGACUUUUGUAUUUUACUUAAAUCAACAAUGAAGAUUAUUACUUUCAUAGAUUGAAUCAAAUGCCAGGAUUGGCAAAUGAAAAUACCCUAUGUGUUUGACUUUUAUACGCCCGUUUACGGGACGUAUUAUGGUAUACCUUUGUCCUUCUGUUCGUCCAUCUGUCUGUCCGUCCGUCGUCAACAUGUCGGACAUUAACUCAAAAACACUUUAACUAAUUUGCAUAAAACUUUGGUGAAUUGUUUAUAUCUAUUGACCUGAGCUCCCUUUCGUUUUUUAUAAAUUUUCGAUUUUACAUUUCAAAGUUAUGGGGUUUUAUUCAUUCAAAAAGGGUGAUUUUCCAGUUUUCGGACAAUAACUCAAAAACACUUUCGCCAAUUUGCAAGAAACUUUGUUGAAUUGUUUAUAUCUAUUGACAUGAGAUCCCUUUUGAUUUUUAUAAAUUUUAGAUUUUACGUUUCCGAGUUAUGGGGUUUUAUUCAUUAAAAAAAGGGGGAUUUUUCCAGUUUUCGGACAAUAACUCAAGAAUGUUUUCACCAACUUGCAAGAAAUUGUGGUGAAUUGUUUAUAUCUAUUGACAUGAGCUCCCUUUCGAUUUUUAUAUAUUUUAGAUUUUACGUUUCCGAGUUACAGGGUUUUAUUCAUAAAAAAAGGGGGAUUUUCCAGUUUUCGGACAAAAAAUAAAAAAAUGCUUUCAGCAGUUCUUAUGAAACUUUGGUGAAUUGUUUAUAUCUAUUGAUGUAAGCUCCGUUUAGAAUUUUAUAAAUUUUUUCAUUUAUCAUUUCUGUGUUAUGGGGUUUUAUUCAUUAAAAAAAGGGGGGAUUUUCCAGUUUUCGAACAAUAACUUCAGCAGUUCUUAUGAAACUUUGGUGAAUUGUUUAUAUCUAUUGUUGUAAGCUCUGUUUAGAAUUUUAUAAGUUUUUCAUUUAUCAUUUCUGAGUUAUGGGGUUUUAUUCAUUAAAAAAGGGGGGAUUUUUCAGUUUUCGGACAAUAACUCAAAAAUGCUGUCAGCAAUUCUCAUGAAACUUUGUUGAAUUGUUUAUAUCUAUUGAUGUAAGCUCCCUUUACAUUUUCAUAAAUUUCUAAUAUGACAUUGAGAAUUAAUUGAACUUUAUUUGUUUAUAGUCUGACAACAGAUUUACUAAGUAUUGCGCAACAGCACAGUGUAUUGCACAACAGCAAGAAAUCUUUGAUUGAAUAUACAUUCAAUUCAUAUAACCAAUUUCAAGUUUUUUUACUACAUUUAUUCAGAAACCUAUAAUAUGUCAAAUAUUUAAUUACAAUCCAAAUUCAGACCUGUAUCAAGCUUGAAUAUUGUCCAUUUUUGCCCCAACUGUUCAGGGUUGGACCUCUGCGGGCGUAUCCAGCUGCGUUCAGAGAAGCAGUUUAUUUAUGAUGAUAUAUACUUAGAGAAGUGCGGGUUAUAGUGAUCAUUGUGUCUUUCAUUCAUUUCUUCAAUCAUUUGUUUUCCAUCCACACUUUGUACACACAAGUCCUAAACCACUUGCAAUAUUAUGUUAAAACUUUCAGAAAGUCUUUUCUAAUGGCAUUGUGUAUGUCCUAGUUUAUUUUUAUGCAAAUCAUUUUUAAGGGUUUCUAAAAAAGCAAUACAAGAACAACAUGUACAAUAUUAUAUAAUUACUGUGAAUAUGUAGUACAUAUAUGUAAAUCAACCACUGAGCUUGGGACAAACAAUUUUUUUUACCACUUUAAUAAUAAAAAAAGAAAUAUUUCACUGACAUACAGAACUACUAAGUUUAAAAAACAAUUUUGUUUUUAUUUUUUCUUACUUUUAAUAAAAACAAAGUUUUUUUUUUUUUCACUUUCCUCUGAAACAAAAGCAAUUUUUUUGUUCAAGAAAUUUAGAGUCAACCUAUUUAUUAUAAAACAGACAUGCCUCUUACAAAAAAAUAAUGGUUGGCAACUUAUGAUUUUCAUUUACAAGAGUUAAAUAGUUUCAAUAAUGAAAAUUUAACUAUAAAGUGUUAUUUGGAAUUAUCAUAUGUUCCAUUGUUCAGAUUAGUAAAGACUGUUUUUCUAUGGGAUACAAGAAUUAACUCAUUUCAGAGAUUUUCCUAUAGCAACCUCGAAAUUACUGGAAACUGCAAAAGGAAUGUGCACAACAUAUAAGAUAAGUUUGAUUCUUUUAUAAAAUGUUUAAUUUAUAAAUAACAAAAAUAUGUAAAACAAUAAUUUUCUAAAAUAUGCUUUUAUUUCAUUAAUAACAAGUUGAAUGAGUCGAAAAAUUGUAAAAUUUUGUACAAAACAAAAGUAAUACAAAUUUAAAAACUGAAGAUAGAACAUCAGACUAAGGCAAAUAAUAGGGCAUUUACUGUAUAAAUUACAUAUGAUAAUUGAUGUAAUAUAAACAUUAUGUAAAAACUUGCCUGAUUUAUAAGUUUCUAUACUUUGUUAUUGAAUAAAUCUGUGAUAUUUUCUUUAAUAAAAUCUGCAAUGAA